ACAGAGUGUUCAACGCACCGCCGUUUCCGUUUAAAAAACGUUUUGCACCGUUUUUGUCAGGGCUGAACGAAAAGGCAGACAAACUUGUUUGACUAUUUGCACUUUUAUUUUAUUUUCUGGUAUCUCUCCCGCCCACUUUCACAUACGCGGAAGUUGCCAGGAAUAAGACGAAAACAGGUAGAUUAAUGAACUUUUUAAACGCAGGAGGACCGAUGUUUUAAACAGCUCUGGGAUUUUUAAACGUAUUUUAAACCCUACCGAGAAAAUAUUAUUUAGUGAAAGUACAAGCUAACGACAUGGCAGACCACAGUGACAAGGAAAUCACAGACAGGCCAUCUCUUCUAGAGUCAGACUUGACGUGUCCUGUGUGCAAAGACAUUUUUAGGGAACCUGUGUUGCUCUCGUGUAGCCACAGUUUCUGCCAGGAAUGCCUGGAGGGCAGCUGGAAAAACCAGUCGAAACCGCAGUGCCCGCUGUGCAGAAAAUGCUGCGACGGAGAGACACCGAUUCCUAACCGCGCAUUAAAAAACACCUGCGUAACCUAUAAAAAGGAGAGGAACUGGAGAGGACAAGGUACUGGUGUAGAUGAGGUCAUUUGUGGCUUGCACCAGCGGCCCUUCCAGCUCUUCUGCAUUAAAGACGAGGAACCCGUGUGCGUCGACUGCGUGACUCUUCAUCCAGGACACGAGCUGGUGCCUAUAGAGCAAGGAGUGCCUUUCUGCAAGGAUGAGCUUAACAUGAAAAUCAAAAUACUGGAAAGUAAGCAGGACUCCUUCAAAAGGAUGAAAAAAAGAUAUAAAGACACAAUCUCCUUUAUUGAGAGCCAGACUAAGGAUGCAGAGAAUCAAAUCAAACAGGAGUUUGAAAGACUCCAUCAGGUCCUACGUGAUGAGGAGACAUCUAGAAUAAAUGCUUUGUAUAGAGAAGAAAAUGAGAAGAAGCAAAUGGUGAAUGAGAAGAUUGAUAUCAUCAGCCACGAUAUCAUAGCUCUUGCUGAAUUGAUUCAGUCGGUAAAGAGGGAAAUGGGAGCGGAGGAUUUGACAUUUCUUCAGAAUUUCCAGAGGCUAAAAAGACGAACCCAGUGGACUGGUGAGGAGCCAAAGAAGAUUCAAGGAGUUCUCAUCAACAUGGCCUUGCAUGUAGGCGCUUUGGGUUACAAAGUCUGGGAAAAGAUGCUGUCUCAUGUCACAUGUUUGCCUGUAAUCCUGGAUCCCAACACGGUCUCGCCCUGGCUCUCCAUAUCUCCUGAUUUUUCCAGUGUGCAACAGAGUUUGGAAAGACAGACCUUCCCAGACAACCCUGAGAGGUUUGAUCCCUGUGUUUUUGUCCUUGGCUCAGAGGGUUUCUCCUCAGGACGCCACCGUUGGGAGGUCCGUGUGGCUGACCACCCCAAAUGGAUCUUGGGUGUAUGCAAGGAGUCAGUGGUUCGGAAGAGGAAGUUCACAGUAACAACAACAGCCGGAGUGUGGACCAUCGGUCUGAGUAAAGGAGUCUACAGUGCACUGACCACUCCACGCACUGAGCUGAAUCUAGAGAGAAGGCCUGAAACCAUCAGGGUAAAGGUCAAUAUGGAGAAGGGAGAGGCGUCCUUCUGGGAUACAGGCAACAACAAGCACCUAUGUACAUAUAAUGAUAAGUUCACUGGAAAGCUGUUCCCCAUCUUUGGCCCAGGGCUCCAGAGUACACCCAUCACUAUCUUGCCUGCUAAAGUGACCAUACACAAACAAUAAGUAAAUAUGCUUUGUUUCUUUAACAUCUAAGCCUGGUGAGACUGAAGAGUCUAAAACCUUCACUAAAGUUGCUACUUAGUUUGAACAGAAUUCAAGGAACAUUUCGGAUUCAGUAGAAGUUAAUCCCAGUCAACAGCAUUUCAAACAGGACGUCAACCAUGACACUGUAAUGCCAUAAACCCUUAAACAAGUGUAAUUUUAAACUGUGUUACAGAUCAAAAAAGUUUUAAAAGAAGAAUGAAUGUAAGUGCUUUCAUUUCAACUGCAGCACCAUAACCGUGAUCCUUAAUUUUUGCUUCUUUUUUUUUUUAAGAAAACAAGGGACAAAUUGAAAUAUUUUUUUCUGGUGAUUAACGUCAUGCUACAAAUGCUGUUGUUUGUGAAUAACUUGUACUGGACAUGGAAAAUUCCUUUAAAUGAGAAUGGAAAAGAAAUGGAAACUCAAAGGAGGUGAACAGCAUAUUUUGAUAUAUUAUACUAAAACAUAUGUCACGAUUCAUGUUUUUUUUUUUUUUUUUUCAUAUUAUGUUUGUGUGAUUUGCUAUGUCAGGGUGAAGGUAUUUUUUUCCUUGUCCUCCACAAUGUAAAUGGCUUUAUUGCUGCUAAAACACUAUUAAUUGUUCAGUAGAGAAUGUCUUUUAUAUCAAUCCACUUAAAAUCUUAUACUUAACCAUACUAUUGUUGAAUGAUAGGGGUCAACAUAAGAGUUGAACCAGAACAACUCAGUUUCAGCCAUUAUCUUUUUUUUGUUUAAAGACAAUUGGUUUCCAUUUUGAUUUGCCAUUUAAUUGUGCCAGGUAUGUUUAAUUACAAUUAUACAGUACAGCUUUUGAUAUUAGCGGGGGUGAUAGUUAAAGAACCAACAUUUAAUUAAAUAAUAACAAUAAAGAUGAUCUCACUUAUCA